UUAGGGGCAUACCAAAUGAACCACGUGUGGGCGGUCACGCUCAAGAAUACGGAGGCAAAGAAGAGACUGCUUUCUGCAACCGACGUUUCCGUGAAGGACCGCCGUUGUGUCGUUGUGGACCCGAACAACCAGGACGUUCGACUAAAGCUCCAUUGGGUGCUUCAUUACGUAGACGACGAAGACAUACGGACUGCGCUUGCACCCUACGGUAAGGUCACCGAAGUGGCAAGAGAGCGAUGGCGAACGGAAGGUUUAUCAGACAAAGGCUCUACAACGCGCAUUAUCAGCCUUCAACUCAAGGCAGGGUAUACAAAGGAAGACAUUCCACAUCAACUACGAGUAGCAGGAGACCUGACGUUGGUAGUAGUGGCCGGAAGAGCUCCACUCUGCCUACGGUGUAAAGGAACCGGUCACAUACGACGCGAAUGUCGUGUCCCUCGGUGCGCACUGUGCAAACGCUUUGGCCACGCUGAGGAAGACUGCGUGAGGACUUACGCGAAGGUCACAGGGCGCUCUGCGUGGGACGACAAUGCAGAGCUACAAAUGGAUGAAUUGGAAGCUGAGGAAGUUGCCACCAGCAAGACCGGAGAACCCGAGUCGGAGGAAACGCCCCCUUCGCUGCAGUCGCCCAAUGCAGACGAGAAACAGGAUAACGACAAGCAGGUUGUACAACCUGUACCGUCUCCUGUGACGACAACCAGUGCUUCCAGUAGCUCAGUGGAAAAAAAUAUGAGCCAGCCGACGCCUUUGGAAAAGUCCGAAGACGUUGACAUGACGGAUUCGAAGAUCGGCGCAGGGAAAAGAACACGUGAGGAAACAGCAGCAGGGAAUGGAGCCUCAAACGAGCCCAGUGCCGGCGAGCCACCCACUAAAGCGUCCCAAGGGCGCCGCCCGAGCUUCAAGCCGAAACCCAACGUACCGCCGGACCGUCACAUUCCAGGGGGCUCGUAGCCCCCUGUUUCAGAGAAGCCUGUCUCAUCCCCCUGGUUCAGGCGCUACGCAUGCAAAAAGUGAGGGAGGACAAGCUGAGGGGCUUGAACCCCAGUGCCUUGUUGAUAAGGCACUCAUGGUGUGUUCGCCCGUGGCAACCGCAGAAACAUCAGCUACGAGUGAAUUUUCAGUGUCCCACAGAACGAGGUGAGCGCCAUGCGACCUGUUUGAUCACUCUUAUAAAUGGCAGUAAGACUUGACGAGCCCCUUAGCAUAGGCACGCUAAACGUGCGAGGCCUUUCUUCAAGGCGUCGACAGUAUCAAGUGAGCCGUCUUUUACUGGAGAAUGACCUCGACAUCGUAGCGAUUCAAGAAACGAAAGUCGA